AUGGCGUGGCAGACCCCGUUGCCUCCCAGCCUCCGGAAGGGCUUGACCAACUUCAGCGGCUCCCUUUUCAUUAACAACAAGACCGGCGACUGUGGUGUGGCCCAGACCUACAACCCAGGCCACGAAGUCCUCUCCAGCCUGCCCCUGCAAAUGAUGCUCUAUUUCAACGCCUUCUACCUCCCCUUCUGGUGCCUGUCGGAGGGCGUCAUGUUGGAACUCAAGUAUAGUCUGCUGCCCACGUACUAUCAAGUUCUCCUUGUCGCUGCAUACCUGAUGCUCAUUGUCAUGGAAGGUUUGCGUCUAUUCCUGGGAUACAUCGGAAACUUGCAAGAAAGGGUUCCGGAGCUGGCCGGCUUCCUCCUCAUCUCCUUCCUGAUAGAACUUCCCAUCCUGCUGUUCAUCCUGACUGACGAGCACACCAUCAGGUUGCCACUGGAGAUGGCCGUGCACGGGGUCCUCCUCCUCUUCCUCGCCUCGGAGAUCACGGCAGCUUUCUUCGCCCUCAGAGCGAUGACCAGGCAGCUGGCGAUGCAGUUCUACCUGAAGCAAUUUGAAGAGGCACCCAAGAGGCCUGGGCAGCUGGUCAUGGGGGACCCGUUAUAG